UAAAGUAAUAUAAGGUGAAUAUGACCAAUUACCCAAACAGGAAGUUGUUUUCAAAUGUUAAUCCUCUUCUGCCGGUAGAUCCCUUUGCUUCAGCGGCUGGUACUGCUGAUAGUUCCCCUCAGUUGGACUUGUUCUCCAUGCAGCCAGUAGAUGACAGUAACUCUCUCUUUAGUUCAGUGGCGCCCUCUACUGUCCAGGAGUCACUCUCCACCAACACCAGCAAUGUAGCACCAACUGCUUCCCCAGCCCCAACGAUAGACCUGUUUGCUGGUUUUUUCGAUCCCAUGCCAGACUCAUCUGUUCCCAAACCAGACCCAAACCCCAGUCUAGACUUGUUUUCAGCAGAUGUGUUUGGCCCUCCUGCUCCUGCUUUAUCUGCCCCCAUGAGCUGGCCAGACAGUGGGGCAAAUCUGGACCUGUUUGGGGGUUGGUAACUACCCCAGUGUGCAUGAUGGGCGUCUGAUUUGCUCAGAGUUGCUGUGGUUUCUUUACACCUGGUAUUAAGAUGUAUUAUCAUUCCUACCACAGGUAGACCAAGGUUAUUAUAUAUUAUAUCAAUUUAACAAUUGUUAGUUUUAGUUUUUUCCACUUUUGAUCAGUUCCAGUGGUAGUUAAAAACACAUCUGACUGGAUUGCUUUAAUACUAUAUAUGAAUAUAAACAAUUGCACGUAUGUCUACGGACUAACACAGCGUCAUUAUAGGAUGAUUUGUGAGUGAGAUCAGAAAAAGAAGGUUGUAAUACUGUAUAAUUACAAUCAGAAAUGAAGCUGGUUCAGUAAUAAUCACAGUGUCUCAGUGAGCUCUCCUACAAAAGUGAUGGAGAACACAUUUGUAUGCAUCUUAAUAUCAAGUAGAUAGUGUCUUUUUUGGGGGGAAAUACAGGUUUUCUAUUGGACGAUCAACUACGGACAGUGGUUUAAAGGGAUUUAUUGACCUGACAAGAAAGGUGGAAAUUCUUAAAAAGGUUUGCUUGUGUGUGCGAGUUUGUUUCUAAGCACAUUUCUGGCUUUAAUAUAC